AUGUUCCGAGCCAUGCAGAUCGUCCUCAGGGGAAAGAACCGAGCUGGGCUGGCGGUGCCCAGUGGCUUCGCCGGCAACCGUAGCUACUCCACGGCCCCGAGCUCCCAGCGGCUGGUCGGUAAAGUGGCCGUGAUCACUGGCGGUGCCAGCGGCAUCGGCAAGGCCACGGCCGAAGAGUUCGUCAAAAACGGCGCCAAGGUCGUCCUCGCCGACGUCCAGGACGACCUUGGCCACGCCCUGGCAACCGAGCUCGGCGCCGACUCGGCAUCCUACACCCGCUGCGACGUCACCGACGAGGCGCAGGUCGCCGCGGCCGUCGACCUCGCCGUGUCCCGCCACGGCAAGCUGGACAUCAUGUUCAACAACGCCGGCAUCCUGGGCUCCCUGGCGCGGCCCCCGCUGGCCUACCUCGACCUCGCCGACUUCGACGCCGUCAUGGCCAUCAACACCCGGGGCGUGAUGGCCGGGGUCAAGCACGCGGCGCGCGUCAUGGCGCCGCGCCGCGCAGGCAGCAUCAUCUGCACGGCCAGCAUCGCCGGCGUGCUGGGCCAGCUCACGCCGCACCCCUACAGCGUCUCCAAGUUCGCGGUGGUCGGGAUCGUGCGGUCCGUGGCGGGGGAGGUGGCGCGCUCGGGCGUGCGCGUCAACGCCAUCUCGCCCAACUACAUCCUCACGCCGCUGGUGGAGCGCAUCCUGGAGGCGUGGUACCCCAAGGAGGGCAAGGAGGAGUACCGCCGGAUCGUGGAGAGCGACAUCAACGAGAUGGAAGGGGUGGUGCUGGAGGUGGAGGACGUCGCCAGGGCCGCGCUCUACCUCGCGUCCGACGACUCCAAGUACGUCAACGGCCACAACCUCGUCGUCGACGGAGGCUUCACCGUGGGGAAGGCGCCCAACAUGCCGGCGCCGGCUCAGUGA